CCGCCGCCGCCGCCGCCGCCGCCCGCGCCCCCCGCGCCGCUGCGCACCUGUUGGCGCCCGAGACAGCCAGGGCGGCUGCAUGAGGGGCCGCAGGGGUGACCGCAUGGCCAUCAACAUCCAGGAGCACAUGGCCAUCAACGUGUGCCCCGGGCCCAUCCGCCCCAUCCGCCAGAUCUCCGACUAUUUCCCCCGCCGGGCGGCCGGGCCCGAGGGGGGCGGCAGGGGCUGCGCCGAGGGCCCGGCGGGGCUGGCGCCGCUCGCCCUGGCGCCCCCCGCCGCGCUGCUGGGCGCCACCACGCCGGAGGACGGGGCCGAGGUGGACAGCUACGACUCGGACGACACCACCGCCCUGGGCAUGCUGGAGUUCGAUCUGCUGUACGACCAGGCCUCCUGCACGCUGCACUGUAGCAUCCUCAGAGCCAAGGGCCUCAAGCCCAUGGACUUCAACGGCCUGGCGGACCCCUAUGUCAAGCUGCACCUGCUGCCGGGAGCCUGCAAGGCCAACAAGCUGAAAACGAAGACUCAGAGGAAUACGCUGAAUCCCGUGUGGAAUGAGGACCUGACCUACAGCGGGAUCACGGAUGAUGACAUCACCCACAAGGUGCUCAGGAUCUCUGUCUGUGACGAGGACAAGUUGAGCCACAAUGAAUUCAUUGGGGAGAUCCGUGUACCCCUCCGCCGCCUCAAGCCUUCCCAGAAGAAGCAUUUUAACAUCUGCCUGGAGCGCCAGGUCCCGCUGGCUUCACCCUCCUCCAUGUCGGCAGCCCUGAGAGGCAUCUCAUGUUACCUGAAGGAGCUGGAACAGGUGGAACAAGGGCCAGGGCUGCUGGAGGAGCGCGGACGCAUCCUGCUGAGCCUCAGUUACAGCACGCAGCGCCGGGGGCUGCUGGUGGGCAUCCUACGUUGUGCCCACCUGGCUGCCAUGGAUGUCAAUGGCUACUCAGACCCCUAUGUCAAGACAUACCUGCGGCCCGAUGUGGAUAAGAAAUCCAAGCAUAAGACCUGCGUGAAGAAGAAGACACUAAACCCGGAGUUUAAUGAGGAGUUCUUCUAUGAGAUGGAGCUCUCUGCUCUAGCCACCAAGACGCUGGAAGUCACGGUCUGGGACUACGACAUUGGCAAAUCCAAUGACUUUAUCGGUGGCGUGUCCCUGGGGCCAGGAGCCCGGGGGGAGGCCCGGAAGCACUGGAGCGACUGUCUGCAGCAGCCGGAUGUGGCCCUGGAGCGCUGGCACACCCUGACCAAUGAGCUGCCGCCAGCAGCCGGGGCGCUUUCCUCAGCCUGAGGUGGGCAGAGGCCUCCAGCACAUGCCCUUGGCCCAGGGCCUGGCCCCAAGCCCUUCGCACGAGUGUGUUGCACGUUUACAUGGGGCGCACGCCCCGCCCUGCACUACCUGUCUUAUUUUGUGAGAGUCUCCGUGACCGUGGGUCUGUCUUCUUGUGAGGGACUGUGGAGAUCUGUAUUCACAUAUGCAAACUUCCUCCUGCCUGACUCGCUACUUCGCAAAUAUGCAAACCUCCCAUCCUGUGCCCCCCCACCCCUGGGGGUCCGGUCAGUGCCCCCGCAGGCUCCAGCUGCUGCUCCUUUCUCCUGCCUCUCCAGGCUGCCCCAUCCCCUUCCCUACACAGGGAAGAGGAUGGAUUAGGGGGGGUUUGGAGGAGGAGAAUUUCCAGACAAGCAAAGGACAAAAUAAACCGGAGCCACUCCUUUAAUAGAGAAUCUUCAUUAAGAACACCUCGCCCUGUACAGCUGCCCUCUACAGGGGCCACCACAAGGUCUCUGUCCCUCUCAAGGGGACAGAUGCUCCCGGCCACUCCCUCCAAGUACUGUCCCGAUGGGGCCGGGAUGGGAGCACAGGGCCCCUGUCCCCUGGUGAGGGUCACCUCCCGGGGACAUCAGUGCAUGUUUACGCCUUUUCUGAUUGUGUCAGUGGCCGUAGCAUGGCAACUGGGCAUCAAUAAAUGAAUAAACGUCUCUGCGGAA